CUCUCUCUCUCUCUCUCUCUCUCUCAGUCUUUUAGCUAUUGGCCUUUCACAAUGGCGUGGAUGCUGUCCCUGAAAGCUCUGCUCAUCUCAACUUGCGUGGUGUUUGUGGGUUUGGCUUUGAAGCUCGGCGCGCCGCUGGUGGUGGGGAUCACGGGAUCUCACGCGCCUCUCAUAUGGGCGUCGAUCCUCUCCUGGCUCAAGCCACCCUACCUCUACGUUAUCAUCAACUGUAUCAUCAUCUCCAUCGCUGCCUCUUCGAGGUUCCACCACCAGAGCUCAGAACGAGACCUCCCAGAUGACCCAAGGUACUCGUCGCGCUCGGACGCUUCUGCCGAGAUCUCUCCGGAGUUCGGCCUUCUGGAGUUGACGGUGGCGUACGAGCAGAGAGAAGAGACUGUGGACUCUGUUUCGGAGGUGACAGAGGCUGUGGUGAUGAUAGGAUCUACGGAGGAGGAGGAGGAGGAGUUCGUGGGCUCCCAGCCGAUGAGGAUGGACUCAUCGGAGAUUCCGUCGGGGGUUCUUUUUACGCCGGAGAAACCUCUGGUUUCUGCGAGGUUCGGUCAUCGGAAACCGGUCAAAGCCAGUACCGAAGGUGGGAGAGCGUUGAGAGUGGCAAAGCCGAAGCGGCACGAGACGCUGGAGAACACGUGGAAGGCGAUAACGGAAGGGCGAGCAAUGCCACUGAGCAGGCACGUGAAGAAGUGGGACACGUGGGAGAGUCACGGCCGUGGAAUCAUCGUGGAGACGCUGGAGCCGUCGCAGUCGCAGUCGCAGGUGAACAAAUCCGAGACAUUCAAGGACCGCACCAACGAGAUAACCUCGUCGCCCGGGGCCACGACGUCGAGGCUUCGCAAAGAGCCGUCGCUGAGUCAAGAAGAUUUGAACCGGCGAGUGGAGGCAUUUAUUAAGAAAUUCAACGAGGAAAUGAGGUUGCAGAGGCAAGAGUCGUUGAAUCGGUACGCGGAGAUGAUCAACCGUGGAAGCUAGCCAUUAACGCAAACAGUAGGAGGAAUAGAAAGUAUUCACUAUUUCAGUUGAUUUUGUAAAAAAGGGUUUUCUGUCCAUAGGUUAAAAGGUUGGAUUUUUUAAAUACUUGAAAUUGUGGGUGUGGGAUUCUUUUUUUUUUUUUUUUAGUUUUCAUGGCUAGACUCCAUGAUAGAGAUGGGUCAAGCUUAAGAAGGUUUAUGUGUAAAGGAAGAAACUUAUAAUGUAUUCAUUAAUAUUUAUUCAUAUAAUCAAUUAUCAAUGAUAUAGUUAGUUUUUACCAUC